AUCUGGUAGGCUAAUUAAAUUCGAUGCGGGUGCAGCGUGGGAGUAGUGAGAAGGGCACGUCGAUUUCCGUGUGAUGUGGGUUCUCCACGCUCCCCAACCCUUCCAACCCCCAGCAGCCUCCUCUUCCCCACAGUUGAGCUGCGUUGCUCGAAGCCACACAAAGCCACCACUUUGCUCCAUAACCUUAAACCCAGCAAUCGCUACUGCAAAAGACGGUGCCAACAAUAACCGCUUAAUUCAGUCUCUGUGUAAGCAAGGCAACCUCAAACAAGCUCUUCAUCUGCUUUCCCGCGAACCCAAUCCCACCCAACAUACCUACGAGACCUUAAUUCUUUCUUGCAUCCGCCAUGAGUCCCUCUCGCAUGGGCUUGACGUUCACCGUCAUCUUGUCCAUGGUGGGUUGGACCAAGACCCUUUUUUGGCCACCAAACUCAUUAAUAUGUACUCCGAAUUGGAUUCCAUAGAUAAUGCACGUAAGGUGUUUGAUAGAACUCGUAAGAGAACUAUAUAUGUUUGGAAUGCGCUUUUUAGAGCGCUUACGUUGGUAGGUCAAGGAUUAGAGGUUUUGAGUUUGUAUCGUAGGAUGAAUGAGCUUGGGGUUCCGUCUGAUAGGUUUACUUAUACGUAUGUUCUUAAAGCUUGUGUUGCCUCGGAGUGUUUGAACUCCCUACUCUGGAAGGGUAAGGAGAUUCAUGCACAUAUUUUGAAACAUGGGUAUGAGGCCCAUGUUCAUGUUAUGACUACUUUGGUGGAUAUGUAUGCAAUGCUGGGGUGUGUUGCUUAUGCAGCUAGUGUAUUUGAUGGGAUGCCAACGCGAAAUGUGGUGUCAUGGAGUGCUAUGAUCGCAUGUUAUGUGAGGAAUGAGAGGCCCUUUGAGGCAUUGGAGCUUUUCAGAGAAAUGUUAAACAAAACCAACGAUUUAUCUCCCAAUUCGGUGACAAUGGUUAGUGUUCUUCAAGCUUGUGCAUCUCUUGCCGCUCUGGAGCAGGGGAAGUUGAUUCAUGGAUGUAUCCUUAGAAGGGGUCUUGAUUCAAUCUUGCCAGUUUUCAGUACACUUGUGACAAUGUAUGCAAGAUGUGGUAAGCUUGAGCUGGGCCAACGUGUUUUUGAUCAGAUGGAAAACAGGGAUGUGGUUUCGUGGAAUUCCUUGAUUUCAGGUUAUGGGAUUCAUGGAUAUGGGAAGAAGGCGAUUCAAAUUUUUAAGGAAAUGAUCUACCAUGGAGUAUCACCAAGUCACAUAUCAUUCAUCAGCGUUUUAGGGGCUUGCAGUCAUGCAGGGCUUGUUGCAGAGGGGAAGAUGUUGUUUGAUUCUAUGGUUAAAGAACACAGGAUAUACCCUAGGAUGGAGCAUUAUGCUUGUAUGGUGGAUCUUCUUGGUCGGGCCAAUCAGUUAGAUGAAGCAGCCAAAGUUAUAGAAGAUAUGAGAAUUGAACCAGGAGCCGAGGUUUGGGGUGCUCUUCUUGGCUCGUGCAGGAUUCAUUGUAAUGUUGAACUCGCAGAGAAAGCAAGCAAAAGGCUAUUUGAGCUUGAGCCAAGGAAUGCUGGGAAUUAUGUACUUCUAGCUGAUAUUUAUGCUGAGGCCCAGAUGUGGGAUGAGGUAAAGAGAAUAAAGAAGCUCUUAGAAGCUCCAAAAUUACAAAAGGUCCCUGGUUGUAGCUGGAUUGAAGUUAGAAGGAAGAUGUACUCAUUCACGUCUGUUGACGAGUUUAACGUGCGGAGUGAGCAGCUCCAUGCAUUGUUGCUAAAGCUGUCAACAGAGAUGAAGGAGAGGGGAUAUGUACCCCAAACGAAAAUUGUGCUCUAUGAUCUCGAUGAAAAAGAGAAGGAACGGAUUUUAUUAGGCCACAGUGAAAAGUUAGCAGUUGCCUUUGGACUAAUUAAUACCAAGAGUGGGGAAACCAUUAGGAUCUCCAAGAACUUAAGGCUAUGUGAAGACUGUCAUUCUGUCACAAAGUUCAUUUCCAAGUUUGCAAACAGAGAGAUUCUCGUUCGAGACUUGAAUCGUUUCCACCAUUUUCACGACGGAGUUUGUUCAUGUGGGGAUUACUGGUAGUUUUAUGCCAAAAAAAAAAAUUUUGCUCAAAUUUGUUAUUUCCCACAGUUUAUCAUAGGCCUUUUUUUAUAGAGAUUUUAGAAAUGUAUACUUGGUCUUUACCAAUUGCAAUGGACGUCAAUAUGCAGUUUAAUAAUUAUAAUAAAAUUUGUACCUUUUCUUGUUA